CCAUUGCGUCAUUACGUUGAGGGCGUGAGGCCGUGACCGAGGACGUGGCAGCGCCGGAGACUCUGAGAUACCGGGAGCGGCUCCGAGAUUGAGAGACACACCGACACCGAGGGCCGGGGCUGCAGGCGGUAAGACCAGUUUGGGGAUGAACUUGGUUAAAUAAGGAUGAAUCAACAGGGUCACAUGGCAUCUUAUGGGCAGCCCCAACCUGGUUACCAAGGGUACCAACAGUUCGGAUACAACAGUCAGCAUACGGCAGGUGUUCCAACCUCUCAAUAUGGACCAUAUAAUGGACCUGUUCAAGGUUACCAACCAACUGCUGUUCCACAAGGACCAUUAAGGACAGCAUCGGGUGCACCCCCAACCUCAUUACCUCCCUCAACAGCUGCACAAUCGACAGCCUACAACCAGUACGGACAGGGGGAUGUACAGAAUGGUCCUGCAAUGUCUGACCAGUCACACAGGUUUCCAGUCUCUCAACCAUACAUGCCUGGUAGUCAUCCGAUGCCAUAUCAACAAUAUGCACCCCUGCACAGUACCGCACAACAGUUACCAAAUCAAAUGGCAGCGAUGCAGAUCAGUGGUUCUACAAAUAAUGCACCACCACCUGCCAGUCAGAGUUACGGGCCACCAGCUUCUCAUCAUCAAACAGCACCAAGUUUUCCGCCCACCGGUCUAGGAUCGUACACGCAAUAUCCUACUCCACUACAGAAUAUUCCCUCAAGCGUGCCUCAGGGUGGUAACCCUCCCCAACAUCCCUUUCCUGGGCAACCAGUCCCAGUGUCAACCUUCACCUCGCCUCCCACAUCUACAGGUUUGACUGGCUCAGCUCUCCCUCCUCCACCUGGGGUGCCAAGACCCCCAGCAAUGCAUGGACCACCACUGUCUGGACAGCCUCAGACAGGCCUUCCCCCAUCCCAGCCUCCGACUGGACAUUACCCACCCCAACUGAAUCACAGACCCACAGGUCCUCAGUCUGGUAUGCCAGGAGUAGUGACUGGUCCACCAACUCAGGGCUUUCAAGCGCAUCCAACUCAACCUAGUCAGGGACUUAUACCUCAACAGAAUGGUUCUUUUGGACAAGUGAGGUCACCCCAGCCGAACUUUGCUGCACCUUACACUGGAGCACCAAGUUACACCAGUCAACCCCAACCACAACAGAAAAGGCUGGACCCAGAUAGCAUUCCUAGCCCAAUUCAAGUGAUUGAAGAUGAUAAGUCAAACAGAGGAACUGAACCAUUCUCGACCGGUGUGCGAGGUCAAGUUCCACCACUUGUUACUACUGACUUUGUGGUAAAAGAUCAAGGGAAUGCAAGUCCUCGAUUUAUUCGAUGUGCAGCUUAUAAUCUUCCUUGCACUUCAGAUAUGGCAAAGCAAUGCCAAGUUCCCCUUACUGCAGUCAUUAAACCACUUGCUACAUUACCAGCUGAUGAGGCACCCCCUUAUAUCGUGGACCAUGGCGAGACUGGUCCAAUUAGGUGCAAUAGAUGCAAGGCUUACAUGUGCCCCUAUAUGCAGUUUAUUGAAGGUGGACGGAAGUUCCAGUGUGCAUUCUGCAGCUGUGUCUCUGAAGUACUGCCUCACUAUUUCCAACAUUUGGAUCACACCGGCAAGCGAAUGGACUGCUAUGACCGACCAGAACUGUCGCUUGGUUCCUAUGAGUUUUUAGCUACUGUAGACUACUGCAAGAACAACAAAAUCCCUAAUCCACCUGCUUUCAUCUUUAUGAUUGAUGUGUCUUACAAUGCACUGAAGAGUGGACUAGUUCACCUGCUAUGUGAGGAACUUAAAACUCUAUUGGAUUACUUCCCAAGGGAGGGCAAUGCAGAAGAAUCAGCAAUAAGAGUUGGAUUUGUAACUUACAAUAAAGUUCUGCAUUUUUACAAUGUGAAAAGCUCAUUGGCCCAGCCACAGAUGAUGGUGGUGUCUGACAUUGCUGACAUGUUUGUCCCAUUGCUUGAUGGAUUCCUGGUUAAUGUCAAUGAAUCACGGGCUGUGAUAAACAGUUUGUUGGAACAGAUUCCUGAGAUGUUUGCUGAUACAAGAGAGACUGAAACUGUGUUUGGACCAGUCAUUCAGGCUGGUUUGGAGGCUCUUAAGGCAGCAGAGUGUGCUGGUAAAUUGUUCAUAUUUCACUCAACCUUGCCUUUGGCUGAAGCACCUGGAAAAUUGAAGAAUAGAGAUGACAAGAAGCUUAUUAACACAGAUAAGGAAAAAGUUCUGUUUCAACCUCAGACUAGCUUCUACAAUAAUUUGGCCAAGGAAUGUGUGGCACAAGGCUGCUGUGUGGAUCUCUUCCUAUUCCCCAAUCAGUAUGUGGAUGUGGCUACUUUAGGGUUGGUAACUUACCAAACUGGAGGUUCCAUUUACAAGUACACAUUUUUCCAGGCACAAGCAGAUGGGGAGCGCUUCCUAAAUGAUCUACACAGAGAUGUCCGAAAAGUGAUUGGGUUUGACGCAGUGAUGAGGGUGCGCACCAGCACAGGGAUUCGAGCAACUGAUUUCUUUGGCUCUUUCUACAUGAGUAAUACAACUGAUGUUGAGCUGGCUGCAUUAGACUGUGAUAAAGCUAUCACUGUGGAGUUCAAACAUGACGACAAGUUGAAUGAAGAUGCUGGAGCUCAGAUUCAAUGUGCUUUGCUCUAUACCAGUUGCAGUGGACAGAGGAGGUUACGUAUACACAACCUGUCUCUUAAUUGUUGUACUCAGCUUGCUGAUUUAUACCGAAACUGUGAAACUGACACACUUAUCAACUACUUUGUGAAACUAGCAUAUCGUGGCGUCCUGAGCAAUCCCACAAAGACUGUGCGUGAAAACCUAAUUAACCAGUCUGCUCAGAUUCUUGCAUGCUACCGUAAGAAUUGUGCAAGUCCAUCAUCAGCUGGACAGCUGAUCCUGCCUGAGUGCAUGAAGCUGUUGCCUGUCUACCUGAACUGUGUAUUGAAGAGUGAUGUCCUGCAGCCUGGAACUGAGGUCUCCAUUGAUGACCGCACCUAUGUUCGGCAACUUGUCACAUCCAUGGAUGUAGCAGAAACCAACGUGUUCUUCUAUCCUAGGCUUUUACCUGUGCACAAAAUGGAUAUGGAUAGUGAUGAUUUCCCAGUGGCCAUUCGUUGCUCAGAGGAGCGAUUAUCAAAGGGUGGUAUUUACCUGUUGGAAAAUGGAUUGAGCCUCUUCAUUUGGGUUGGGAUGAACACACAGCAUGACCUCAUUCAGAGUAUCUUUAAUGUGCAGUCAUUUGGACAGAUUGAUUCCGCAAUGACUGCUCUACCAAUGCUGGAUAAUGCUUACUCAAAAAAAUUACGGUCCAUAGUUGAUAUGAUACGUGCUCAGAGGCCCAGGUUUAUGAAGCUCAUGAUUGUGAAGCAAGACGACAAAAUGGAGCUGCUGUUCAAACACUUCCUCAUGGAGGAUAAGAGUGUGAAUGGUGGAGCCUCAUACGUGGACUUUCUCUGCCACAUGCACAAAGAGAUUCGACAGCUACUCAGCUAAACCUGGGGAGAUGAACAGGGGAGUGUGGGGUUUGGGUGGGGCGAGCUGUUUACAAGACAAGAGCUGCUUCCCAAUGGGCCCAAUAAUCUUGAGGUGUAAACAAGGGCCCUGUUUGUCAGGAGCUGCCACAGAGGCAACAUGGGCAUGUGGCUAACUUGUUAAUACUGAUGUAAUGUAAGGAAUUAAUAGUACAGUAUAAUGUAUAUGAUUUAGAAUCUUAUAUGAGAGCUAUCUUUUCAACACUGGUAUUGCUGUGUUCCUUGUGUAUGAGGAGAUGAAAAGAGAACUGCACUGAGUGUGAUUGGAUGUAUGAAAGAGCAAGCUCCUGAUACACAAGCUUUCAAUUCAAUAAAUUGAACGAAAUCCAGUUUGUGGCUUUGCUAACAUGGUUCGACUUUCUGGAAAUUAUUUUUAUACACAUCUGAAAUAAUCAUUUCAUGUUGUACAACAGCCUUUUUUUGGUUCUCUGUUAAUUAGGUCUUUAAAUGUCAAUAGGUUUGUGAAUGAAAAAUAAGCUAUCUUAUUCACUCAAACUUGUGUGAAUGCUUAACGUUUCUAAUGAUUAAUUUCUCUGCUGGACUUCCUUGCAGAUUCAAGGUGAAAGCAUCUGACUCACAUCAAGGGCUUUGGGGGUGGGAGAGGGUUUUUAAACAUUUGCGAAAUGUCAGUAUUUUUGCGUUUCUGAUUUUAUUACCUGAUCAGCGAAGGGAGUGUGUCAUCUCAAACUGCUCUAUUCAAAGUCACUGACCUCUUCUUCAGUCCCACACUGUAAGUUAGAAUCCUGAGAAUUAUCCAACCAAAGGCAUUAAACCCCAGAAGGAAUGGCAUAAUUUAAUCCUUCCUUGUGUCAUCAACCUUAUGUUUUGAUUGUAAGCUUUGGUGAUUAUAAGACUUUGGGAUUUGAUGCCACCCUUGGAAAAAGGAGUAUAUUACUGCUAUUGUACCUAAUACAAGUGAGAUGAAUAGUGGUGAUAUGGAGUCAUUAUGCGCAUUUCCCUAACCUCCUUUUUCUUCCCCCAGAUAAACUUUGUAUUUGCCAAUUCCUGUUUAUUGAAUUGGGUUUCCAUGCUGAUUUUUUUUUUUUUGCAGCCUGCUGUAAAAGGAAAACAAUGUGCUGUUGUAAACGGGACAUUAAUUUUUGAUGCAAUAAAUACACUUCUUUCCAAAUGUC